UUUUUUAAUCACCUAUUUUGUAAAGAAAAAAUAAUACAAGGUAGAUUUGUUUUAAAAAAUCAUUUUAUUGAAACCCCAGUCAGUUUAUGUAAUUCUUUAUCUACAAGCUGUUUGUCAUUGUGUGUGGGCCCCUUUUUGCAUUUUUUUACAACGCAUGAUGUAAAAUUAAUUACUAAUUUUAUUAUUUAAAUCGUCCAAUCAGGAGAAAACUUGCCCCCCUCUCCUGGCGUCUCUUGCGCCAUCUGCGACUGUGGAAAACUCCAGAAAUCAGUAAAUUGAAUAAAUCUUCCGAUACAUCAUCUAUCCCGUGUGAAAAAUUUUGUACAAAAACCGUAAAAAUUUGUGAAACAACGAUUUAUUAACAACAAUCGACAAUUACUCAUUAUGAUCCAGAAUAAUUUCAAAACAAUCACGAAAUAAUUGAAAGUGCAAACAUAACCCCCAGACAUUUUCAAAUGGGAAAAUGUUUUGAUGAAUUGAUGAAAAAAAAAUUAUAUAUAAACAAUUGAGAGAUGUUGGUGACACUGUGCAGAAGGGUCCUGAGUGUGGAGAGAAAACUCUUGAGGUUCUACUCAGUUAAUUUGGAACAUGUGGUGUCAAACCACAGUCGUGAGGGGGGGCUCCAGCAGGGUGAGGAUUACGUUGUGGAUCAGUCCUUCGAUGUCACCAGACUCCGGAGAGAUGAGGAUAAAUCUCUGAGAAUCGCGAUUCUGGGGCUGCCGAACGCUGGGAAGAGCACUCUAGUGAAUGCGCUCGCUGGGAGACAGAUAUGUGCAAUGUCCGGAAAAGCUCACACCACUCGAUCGAAAACGAACGUCAUCUACUCGGAGGACGACACCCAGUUGAUCUUCAUCGACACCCCAGGACUCGUGACGAACCGUGACUUCAACAAGUUCAAGCUCGAGCCGACCUUCAAGUCGGACAUUGAGACGUCCCUUGAAAGGGCGGAUGUCGUGGGAGUGGUGCAGGACGCCUCGCACCCCUUCAGGAGGCACAAGAUCGAUGAGAGGGUAAUCGAGGCCCUAAAACGCACGAAACCUGGCGUCACUUCUAUUCUUAUCCUCAACAAAGUCGACAGAGUCAAACCGAAGAAGGAACUGCUCAAACUCGUCGACAUUCUCACGGGAGAGCAGAACUGGCCCAAUUUCUCCGACAUUUUCAUGAUUUCGGCCUUGAAGAACGAUGGAGUCGAUGAUUUAAGAGCAUACCUCCUAGAUUCAGCUAAAAACAGAGACUGGGACUUCAGUCCCAACCAGAUAACAGACGAACCGACAGAGAAAAUAGUGGAGAGAACUGUAAAAGCCAAAUUUAUGGAUGCACUACCUGAUGAACUCCCCUACAUCCUGAAGAUCAAGACAGAGCACCUGGGAGUUCUUCCUGACGACAGUAUGUCAGCUAUCGUCAACAUCAAUUGUCCCACGGACCGGAUUUCCAAACUCGUAAUGGGGCCCAAGGGGGCCAGGGUGAAGCACGUGGCACUGGCUGCUGAGCAGGAGCUCAGUAAUGCCUUCAGAACGGCUGUCAGAUUAAAAAUAGCUAUAAAUUUUAAGGACAAGUGAUAAAUUUAUCCAAGUUUUAUAAUUACCCAGUAAUAAAUUGUAAAUGAAUAGUGUACAUUUUUUUCAAUGAA